AUGGCCUCGAGCAGCUCCGGCAGAGGCUCGGCCGCACCAUAUCAUCUUCAGCAACAGCAGCAGCAGCAGCAGGAACAACACCAGCAACAUCAUCAACACCAGCAGCUGCAUCCAGAUUAUCAGCAGCAGCAACCCCAGCUGCACUACCACCACCACCACCACCACCACCACCACCAAACCCCCACCCAGCACCCUCAGCACCAGCACCCGCCGCUGCCGCAGCUGUACAGCCACCACCCGCAGCCACACCCGCAGCAGCUGCAGCAGCAGCAGCAGCAACACCAGCAGCAGCAGCAGCACCACCAAUUCCAGCAGUUCCAGCAGCAGCGUCAACCACCACCGCCGCCGCCGCAGCAGCUGCACCAGCAGCCCCAACAGCACCAGCAGCCGCAUCGGCAACACCACCACCUACAGCAGCACCACCACCAGACCCAUGGCGCUGGACUCGGCACUCCAACCACGACCACAGCCACGACGGUGGUGCCGCCGCCACCACCACGGCCGUCGCAGGCGCUGCCCGCCCCCUCAUUCCCCACCCACAACUCGCCUCGCACAUGGCUGCUGACCGCUGCCCUCUCACCCUUGGCCGUACGACUCAUCCGCCAGCUGCUGUCGCACGGCGACUACGUCGUCGCAUGCCUGCCGCCCCACGAGAUCGAGCACGAUGACCGAAGCGCCGAGUUCCGCGAGCUCAUCAAUGAGUGCAAGAGCGCCCGCAAAGACCGUGAGGGCUGGAAGGAUCGCAUCCGCGGUAUACGCUGCGAUGGUCGCAUGAGCUCCUGCGGCGCCGCCGUCGCUGAGGCCGUCCAUGUCUUUGGGAGGAUCGACAUUCUGCUGUGCUGCAGGUCUGAAGCCGUCGUCGCAACCGUCGAAGAGCUCUCCACCACGCCCGUGACCCAGAACCUCGUGAGAGAACAGUUCGAGGCUCUGUACUUCUCACAGGUCAACUUCAUCAAGGCCACCCUGCCGGUGCUGAGGCGCCAGCACACCGGCCACAUCAUGAUUCUCACCAGCACCGGCGGCCACAUCGGCACUCCCGGUAUGUCCAUGUACACGGCCGCAACCUGGGCCCUUGAAGGCUUCUGCGACUCGCUGGCCUAUGAGAUUGCCCCCUUCAACAUCAAGGUCACCAUAGUCCAGCCCAAUAAGGAGGUCCAGUCACUCACCAACCGCCUUACCUUCGCACCGCAAAUCUCCGCCUACGCCGACAUCUUCAACAACGCCCCGAGCAUUCGCGACAUGCUCAUCAAUGUCCUCAACACAGACCCCGAGACGGCCGUGCCCGAAACUCCCGACGUCGCCGAGUCCGAGGCCACCCCGUCCACCCCGGACAGCAUGUCCCUCGAUCCCGAGCCCAGCCGCGGCGAGAUUUUCCACCGGUAUCCGCGGCUGCCGCCCGGCGCUGCCGACAAGCUCGUCACCGAGACGGUGCACGCGCUCACAGCCAUCGGUGGGCACGAGAACCCGCCGUCGCGCCACAUCGUGGGCCAGGAUGGCGCUCUCGCGGUCAAGGAGAAGCUCAAGACUGUCACGGAGGAGAUGGAGGACUUUGUCGACGCGAGUCUGGCCGUCGAUAUCUUCGACAGCGAGCUGAAGGAGGAGGCCCGAGGUGGCAAGCGGCGGGAGUCGUCCCCAAUCGGCGAGCCGUCAACGGGAUAA